GACUUGUAAAGCUUUAAACAUAAUCCAAUACAAAGAAAAAUUUCACCAUCAGUUUGUGUUUUUCUACACCUCUUUUUCCUAAUACUAUGUGCUGUUUCCAUCCAAUAUUCGGUUAUUGAGGCAGUAGAUUAUGUUUAUAUAGUUCUUAGUCCCCUGGCUAGCUCGAUCACUAGGGAUUUUUCAUCUCCAAUGGCAAAUCCAAAUCCAAAUCCAAAUCCAAACCCAGUGAAAGUAGUUGAGGUUUGCAGAGUAGCUCCACAACCGGCCUCAGCCUCUAUGUCACUUCCUCUAACCUUCUUUGAUCUACUUUGGCUGAGGUUUGAACCCUUCCAACGCCUUUUCUUUUAUGAAGCCUCUAACACAGCACUCUUCUUCAAAUCCAUACUUCCAAGGCUCAAAACCUCCCUAUCACUCACUCUUCACCACUUUUCACCUCUCGCCGGAAACCUCACCUGGCCUGAAGACUCCCCUAAGCCAAUUCUCAGCUAUGUCAAAGGCAACACCGUUUCGCUCACAAUAGCCGAGUACUACUCUAAUGAUGAUGAUGCUGGUCGUGAUCAUUUCCAUCGUCUUUCGAGCAGCGACUUCCUUGAAGCAAAAGAAUACUAUUCUCUUGUGCCCCAACUGGAUGUGUCUGACGAUCGAGCCACGGCGCUGGCACUACAAAUCACUCUCUUUCCGAAUCGGGGGUUUUCGAUUGGAACAGCCAUGCACCAUGCAGUCCUUGAUGGCAAUUCUUUAACCUUGUUUUUCAAAUUGUGGGCUCACAUAUGCAGGCAUCAUGAACAACUUGCAACCUCCUCGUCUUUGUUAGCGGAUGACCUAAAACCGUGUUACACUGAUAGAUUGGUCAUCGAGGACCCAUUGGGGCUCGAAGCAAUCUAUUCGAAGCAAUGGCUCGACAUGGGCGAGCCUAACAACCGAAGCUUAAAGGUUUGGGAAAUUAAAUCUCCACCAGGCUCGAUUAGAGCUACCUUUGAAUUCACAAAAGCAAAAAUACAAACACUUGGGCAGCAUGUGAAGACUGUAAUGAAUUCUGAUUCACUUCAUUUGUCAGCGUUUGCUCUAACAUGUGCCUAUACUUGGGUUUGCUUAGUCAAGGCAGAAGAAACCAAAUGUGAGAAAGUAUUUAUAUACCUCAGCGCCGACUACAGGUCUCGCUUAGAUCCUCCUAUAUCUGCUAAUUACUUUGGAAAUUGCACCGGGGGCUGUGCAGCAGUUGCAGAAACAAAAGGGCUACUAGGGGAAGAUGGGUUCGUUGUGGCUUUAAAGGCAAUUAGUGAAGCUAUUAUGGGUUUGAAAAAUGAGGGAGUACUUCUCGAUGGGGCUGAGAGUUGGCUUUCGAAGUUGUGUACUGUGCAAGGUAGUGAUAGGAUUUUUUCGACUGCUGGCUCGCCUCGGUUUGGGAUUUAUGAGACUGAUUUUGGAUGGGGAAGACCAAAGAGGACUGAGGUGCUUACCAUAGACAAGACAGGAUCUAUCUCUUUUUCAGAUAGCAAGAAUGGUGGUGGAGGCGUUGAGGUUGGGCUGGUUUUGGAAGAGCAUCUUAUGGGAGUUUUUGCUUCUCUAUUUGCCAAGGGUCUUAUUCAUACACCUUUGAUUAAUUAACUCUUGAAGCUAUAUUUGUGUAUUGUUAUUGUACGAUUUGUACCACUACCUGGUUUUCAGUCUCUCUGUUGGAGGUGGAUUAUUUACUCUGUUGAUGCCGAGAUUUACCGACUGUUAAGAUUAAUAAAGGAGGAAAUAAUUUGAUUAAUUGUUGGUGUUUUUCCUCCGGCUCUGCAUUGCUUCAAGGAUAUUGAUAGAGAUAUUGGCAC